AUUGGCCAGGGGGAGGGGAGAAGGAGCGAGUGAAAGUUGGGAGUGGGGAGAAAGAAGGAAGGGUGAAAAGAGAGCGAGAUAGCGGAACAAAGGCCACGGUGUGCCCUGCCAGCCCGCCGCUGCCGCCAGACGUCUCCAUGUCUUCAUCCUCUUCCUCCUCUUCGUCGUCCCGGGCAACCGGCAGCAGCCAUAGUGCCGGCGGUAGCGGUGUUCCCACGGCAACAGUCCCAGGCGCCUCCUACGAUCAGCUGCUGUGGCAGGUGGAGCUGCUGAAGAUGGAGAACUCCACCCUAAGGCAGGAGCUACAGCACAACUCCUCCCACCUCUGCAAGCUGGAGAGCGAAGCCUCCAACAUGAAGGAGGUCCUCAAACAGCUCCAGGGCACCAUAGAAGAAGAGACCAGUGACAUCCCCGCCCAGCUGGACUUUAUGGAACGAAUGAAAGAGAUGAGCAUCGAGCCCGCUAGCCUAGCGCCUGUGAAGCUACGUGCUAACAAGCCCGCAGCGUCCCCGGCUGCCGCCACCCAGUCCCCACUCAGCCAGGGGCCCCACGGCUCCUCCUACCCCAAGAGAGGGGCCCCUGCGCCCCCGGCCCCCGCCACGCUCUCCCCUCCCGGCGAUGCUAACCAGACCCCUGCCGGCUACCUGGAGCAGCUGAAGCAUGAGAGGUCCCUCCUAUUGGCUGAACUAGACAAGGAGGAGAAGGAGAAGGAGUGGUACUAUGGCCAGCUCCAGAACCUGACCAAGCGCAUCGACAGCCUCCCUCUCUCAGACAACUUCUCUCUGCAGACAGACAUGACGAGACGUCAGCUGGAGUUUGAGGCCCGACAGCUGAGAGGAGCCAUGGAGGAACAGCUAGGCUCCUGCCAGGACAUGGAGCGACGAGCACUGGCCCGGCUGUCUCGUAUCCAGGGCAUAGAGAAGGACCUGCUGAGAGGAGGACAGAGGUUGCUGCAUACUGAAGACAAGGCUGAGGGCGUCCAGGUGUGUGCAGACAGCAGCAACGCUGCCAAUAAUACACAGGUGUGUGAGCAGGACUCCACCAGCGAGGCGUCCUCCACUGGGGGGUACUCCAUCCCUCGCAGGCUCACCAGCCACCUGGGGACCAAGGUGGAGAUGGUGUACAGCCUGCUGUCCAUGCUAGGAACGCAUGACAAGGACGACAUGUCCCGCACCCUGCUGGCCAUGUCCAGCUCGCAGGACUCGUGCAUCGCCAUGCGCCAGUCGGGCUGCCUGCCCCUACUCAUCCAGCUACUGCACGGCAGCGACAAGGACUCUCUGCUGCUAGGGAACUCCCGGGGCAGUAAGGAGGCCAGGGCCCGGGCCAGCGCCGCGCUCCACAACAUCGUCCACAGCCGGCCGGACGACAAGCGGGCCCGCCGAGAGGCCCGCGUGCUGCACCUCCUGGAGCAGGUCAGGGUCUACUGCGAGGCCUGCUGGGCCUGGCAGGAGGAGCACCAGGCCGGGACCCAGCCCGACAAGAACCCCGUCCCGUCGCCAGGGGAACACCAGAUCUGCCCGGCAGUGUGCGUUCUCAUGAAGCUCUCGUUCGACGAGGAGCACCGACACGCCAUGAACGAACUGGGCGGUCUGCAGGCCAUAGCGGAGCUGCUGCAGGCUGACUGUGAGCUGUACGGGCUGACCGCCGACCACCAGAGCAUCACGCUGCGGCGCUACGCCGGCAUGGCGCUCACCAACCUCACCUUCGGGGACGUCGGCAACAAGGCCACGCUGUGCUCCAUGAAAGGCUGCAUGAGAGCGAUGGUGGCCCAGCUCAAGUCUGACAGCGAAGACCUGCAGCAGGUGGUGGCUAGCGUACUGCGCAACCUGUCGUGGCGCGCGGACGCUAGCAGCAAGAAGACGCUACGUGAGGUUGGCAGCGUGGCCGCACUCAUGUCCUGCGGACUGCAUGUACAGAAGGAGUCCACCCUGAAGUCUGUGCUGAGCGCGCUCUGGAACCUCUCGGCUCACUGCAGCGACAACAAGGCCGAGCUCUGUGCUGUUGGCGGCGCGCUGGGCUUCUUAGCCCGGGCGCUAGCUCAGCGGGGACCGGCGAGCGCCGCGCUAGCCGUGGUGGAGAGCGCCGGCGGCAUCCUGCGCAACGUCUCCAGUCUGGUGGCCACCAACCAGGCCUACAGACAAGUGCUCCGUGACAACGGUUGCCUGGCGACCCUGCUGCAGCACCUGCGCUCCCCCAGCCUGACGGUGGUGUCCAACGCCUGCGGGACCCUCUGGAACCUGUCGGCCCGCGACCCCCGCGACCAGGAGGCCUUGUGGGAGAUGGGCGCCGUGGCCAUGCUGCGCAACCUGGUGCACUCCCGCCACAAGAUGAUCGCCAUGGGCAGCGCCGCCGCCCUGCGCAACCUGCUGGCCAACCGGCCCGCCAAGUACGCCUCGGCCGCCGCCGCCGUGGGCGGGACGGGGCCCGGCGGCGACCUCACGGCCACGCCCUCGCUGCACGCCCGCAAGCACAAGGCGCUGAUCGAGGAGCUGGACGCGCAGCGGCAGCAGCUCUCGGAGACCUUCGACGGGCUGGAGAACCUGGGCCCCGCCCACCACCACCGCCGCCACCCGCCAGCCCUCGCCGUCGGCCGCGCAGCACCUCCACCUGCAGCCGCAGGCGCCGGGCCGCGGGGGGCCGGGGGCGACAGCCUGCACAGCGUGGGCAGCGCCGACGGCUACGGCGCCACGGAGGAGGAGCGGCUCCUGGAGGAGGAGCGUCUGCUGGCCGGCCGCCAGGAGGAGGCGGCGUACCGGCGUUACCCGGCCGACCUGGCCCACAAGAUCCACAGCGCCAACAGCAUGGCGGACGCCGCCGACGCCGAGCUGGACACGCCCAUCAACUACAGCCUCAAGUACUCCGACGAGCAGCUGCACUCCGGCCGCCAGAGCCCCGCCCCCGCCCCCGGCCAAUCGCGCGGCCGGGAGCGGGAGAAGGACGAGGAGGAGGAGGCGGAGGAGGGGGCGGGGCGGCGGGAGGACCGCCGGCGGCCGUACCCGGCGGCCUACCGGGCCGGGAGCCGCGCCGACGGCCAGCACCCCCGCCCACCGCACCGCAGCGACGGGGACGACUUUGGCGAGGGCGACCGCCCCCCCCACCGCCACGAGCAGGAGCCCAUCGACUACAGCAUCAAGUACGGCGGCCACGCCUCCCCUGGCUGCGCCGCCUCCUCUCCCGCCGCCUCUUCCUGUAAGAGCAACGCCGGCGGCCAGAAGCCCCUCCCCGCCAAGGCCGCUGGGGGCGGAGUCAACCAGGACAUGCCCCUGACCUACUGCGUGGAGGACACGCCCAUCUGCUUCUCGCGGGGCAGCUCUCUGUCCUCGCUGUCGUCGGGCGACGAGGACGACGGGCGCAGUGGGCGGCGCCGGGCGGGGGGGCGGGGCCAGGGCCACUACCCCACGCUCCCCGCGGGACAGAAGGAGGAGCGGGACGACCCCCAGGCCAUGAGCAUGGCCGCCGGCCCCUCGGACGGCCUGUCCCCCGACGCCCCGGGGCAACGCCAGCUGUCCCGCCGCGCGCCCACCGCGUACCAACAGCAUCACCACGGCAACCAGCAGAUGCACCAUCACCACGGCAACCACCAUCACCACCAGCAGCCGCAGGCCCCGGCGGCGCCCAAGACCCCUCCCCCGGUGGCGCCGUCGUCGGCCCCGUCGUCGGCGCUGGCGUCGGCGCUGGAGACGCCCCUGAUGUUCUCCCGCUGCACCUCCCUCAGCUCCCUGGACAGCUUCGGCUCGCCCUCCAUCAACUCCUCGCACCCCAGCGAGCCCGGCAGCGGCGGGGCCAGCGGCGUGGUGAGCCCCAGCGACCUGCCCGACAGCCCCGGCCAGACCAUGCCCCCCUCCCGCAACAAGACCCCCCCGCCGCAGCCCGCCUCCCUGAAGCCCCCCGCCUCCGACCUGCAGGCCUCCGCCGCCUGCCUGGCGCGGGCCCAGCGAGGCCACGGCAGCGCCCGCGGCCCGGCCAGCGGCGGCAACCGGGAGGAGGAGGAGGAGGACUUCCUGCUGCACUUCGCCACCGAGAGCACGCCGCACGGCUUCUCGCGCGCCUCCAGCCUGAGCGCGCUCAGCGUGGACGAGCCCUUUAUCCCCCGCCAGCCGGAGGUCCCGGGCCUCGGGCAGGGCCACUCGGCCCCCGUCGCCAUGGCGACCUCGGCCCCGGACCGGGGCCCGCAGAGCGCGUCCGGCGGCGGCGACGACAUGGACACGGUCGUCGGGGACGACGACGACGACGACAUCUCCAUCCUGGAGGCGUGCAUCCACUUGGCCAUGCCCACGCGGUCGUCACGCCGACCGAAGAAGGCCGCGGCUUCAGACGGCGCACCGGCCCCUCCCCCGGCCCCCCGCAACACCGAGGGGCAGACGGCCGGCGGCCCCGUGUCUGCCAUGGCCGCGGCGGGCCGUAAGCCCAGCCUCCUGCCUGUGUACAAGCUCCACCCCCAGCAGCACAGGCCCCGCCCCCUUGAGGAGGAGACCCCCCUUGUGUACUGCGUGGAAGACACGCCCCUGAACUUCUCCACCGCCACCUCGCUGAGCGACCUCACCAUAGACUCUCCGCCCACCGAGGUCGCCACCGGAAACCACAAGGGGCGGCGCCACGCCCCGGUCGCCGCCAUGACCAGGGAGGAGGAGCAGGAAGUGAAAAGGCAGGGGAGGGAGGUGGCGGACGACGAGGAGAACGAGGACAUCCUGGCCGAGUGCAUCAGUGCCGCCAUGCCCAAGCCCCGCCCCCAACGCAACCUCCCUCAGCUUCAACGCCACGCCCCGCCCACCGACGGCAACGCUCCCAGCGCCGCCAACACGGCCAUCUGCAGCCUGGCGCAGCGCGAGUCGGAGCUCCGCCCCAAGCCCACCUCCCCCGUCAAGCCCAUGGUGGCGCAGCGGGCGGCCCCGCCCCCUCCCCUGCAAGGGGGCGGCGGCCAGCGGCGGCGCUUCGCCUACGACUCGCCGCACCACUACACGCCCAUCGAGGGCACACCCUGCUGCUUCUCCCGCAACGACUCCCUUAGCUCGCUGGACUUUGACGAGGAGGAGGAGGGGCCUGAGGGGGACCGGAGGCGGCCCGCCGAGCGUCCGUCCGUCCCGGAGGCGCCGCAGCACAAGCCCCCGCAGCAGAAGCCGGUGCCGCCCGCGGCCGCCGUGCUCCCCCGCAGCAAGGAAGGGGCGGAGCCCCCGCCGCCGCCGUCGGGGGCGGUGCCGGACGACGGCCGCCAGCUGCGGUUCGCCGUGGAGGACACGCCCGUCUGCUUCUCGCGGAACUCCUCCCUCAGCUCCCUGAGUGACAUCAUGGACCAGGAGAACAACAACGUCGCCAGCCCCCCCUCGCCACCACCGCCGCAAGAGCCCCCGGCGAAGCCUGCCCCCCCGCAGGCCCCCCCCGUCGCCGCUACCACUCAGGGGCACGCACAAGCCCCGCCCCCUAGCGGCCAGCCGGUGCCGCCGGGCCGGGCGGGCUACGCCCCCCGGGCCUUCAACGUGGAGGACACGCCCGUGUGCUUCUCCCGCAACUCGUCCCUCAGCUCCCUCAGCAUCGACUCAGAGGACGACCUGCUGCUGGAGUGCAUCAGCUCCGCCAUGCCCAAGAGGAAGCACCCGGCAGCCCCCCCGCAGCCCGCCGUGCCGCUCGCCUCCACGCCGCCCCCCCGCCAGGAGCAGGAGGAGGCGGAGGGCGGCGUGAAGGAGGAGGAGGAGGCGUUCGACUGGAAGGCGAUCCAGGAGGGGGCCAACUCGGUGGUCAGCAGCCUGAACCAGGCGGCGGUGGCGGAGCCGCCCCCGGACUCGUCAGACGAGGACUCUGACUCGGUCCUGUCGCUGCGCUCCGGCCUCUCCCUCUCCCUGGGAUCGCCCUUCCACCGUGCGCCCCGCCCCGCCGCCAAGGCACCGCUGCCGGAGGAGGGGCCGCUGGGGGAAGACCGAGGAGGCGGGGCCGGCGAGGAGGAGCUGGAGGAGGAGGAGGAAGAGGAGGAGCAGGAGGAGCAGCAGCAGCAGGAGGAGGGGGGGGAGGAAGAGGCGGAGGAUGAGGAGGGUCCGGAGGAGCCCCCCGCCCCCCGGGAGCCGACAGGAACGGCGGGCGCGUGCCCGAGGGGCGGGGCCCGCGUGCUGCGGCCGGGGGAGCGCAGUACCCUGGAGGAGAAGAGGAGGCGGGAGGAGGAGGAGCGCAGCACGGCUCUGAAGGGCGGGAAGAAGGUGUACAGGAGUCUGCUGACGGGCCGGCCGCGCCCCCAGACGGACGCCACCCCGCCGGCCCCCCGCCCUCGCCCCCAGUCAGACACGCCUCCCCCUGCCCCUCGACCCCGCCCCCAGACAGACGCGGCCGCUCGGCCACGCCCCACGUCAGACACGCCACCCUCGGCGAUGGCCACGCCCUCCCCGAGGGGGCGCGCCCUCAAAGCCCCCGGCGCCGGCCUCCCCCCGCCGCGCCUCAGCACUAAGACCCCUCCCGGCAGGAGGGCGGAGCCCGGGGAGGGGGGGCGGGGCCGGGGGGCGUCGUCCUCCCGCUCCGGCUCUCGAGACUCCACCCCCUCCAGACGUCCCGUCCCCCUCACGUCCUCUUCGUCGUCCUCCACCUCGUCCACAAAGUCCCCCGGAGCCGCGCCCCCCACGUCCCGCCUCUCCUGUCCGUCACCAGGGCGACCGGCCAAGCAGGCCCCUCCCCCCGGCCCGCCCAUCAGGAAGUCCAACAGCGGCGGGCGGGCCGCUGUGGGCGGGGGCGCGGCGCCAGGCGGCGAGGCCGUGGAGCGCCCCGCCCUCGUCCGCCAGUCCACCUUCAUCAAGGAGGCUCCGAGCUCCGCCCCCGGGAGGAAGAGGUCAGAGGAAGCCCCGCCCCCGGCGGCAGACCCCGUGAGCUCCUCCAGUUCCUCCACACGCCCCGCCCCCUCGAGCCGCUCCACUGUCUCCUCCUCCUCCUCCUCUUCCUCCCUGAACAACAACCAGAACCCCAACCGCUCCCACUCGGAGAGCCCCUCCCCCUCCCCCCGCCUCAGCCGCACGGGCACCUGGAAGAGGGAGGGGGGGGGGAGGAGGGGCGAGGGGGAGGGGGGCCAGCACGGCUCCUCCCUCCCCCGCGUCGGCACCUGGAAGCGUGCGGGCAGCUCUUCCUCCCUGCUCUCGGCCUCCUCCUCCUCCUCCCGGGGCGACCAGGAGGAGCCGCGGGGGGGGGGCACCUGGCGCAAGGCCAAGGAGCAGCAGGAGGAGGUGUGGGUCCGCAUGGAGGACUGUCCCAUCAACAGCCCCCGGCCCUCGUCCUCAUCCUCGUCCUCCUCCAACGCCCCGCCCGUCAUCAGCGCCCCCUCGCCACCCAAGACGGGCGCCACCGUGACGACCCCCGGCCGCCCCUCUCCCAACGCCAACCUCAACCUCCGCAGCCGAAGCCGCGAAAGUCUGGAGACCACGCCCCCUGCGGCCCCCCCCGGGCGCACCGGGCCCUUUGAGAGGGCGGGGCCGGGGAAGGGGUACUUGAACGGCCCGGCGGGGGGAGGCGGCGGCGGGGGGGGAGGGACGGUGGCCGCCCGGGUCUCGCCCUUCAACUACGUACCCAGCCCCCGCAAGAGCAGCGCUGACACGAGCACCCCCGCCUCCAGCCACACGCCCUCCCCCUCCAGCACCAGACCCUCACUCAUCCCUUCCCCCGUGGCGGUCAGCACCGCCGGGGGGGGGAAGAAGAGACCGCAGCAGACCCCUCCCUCCCCCUCCCCCUCCAAGGGAGACGGCUCCGAGAGAGGUUCUUAUAUAGUCACCUCCGUUUGACCCCUUUACAGCCCCUCCCGUCUAAGUUAUGUCCUUUCCCUGUAAGAAACGCCCCUCCCAAUAGGACCUCCCCUUUCCCUGUAAGACACGCCCCUUCCUCUAGUACCGUUCAAAUUGAGACCUGAAUUUACAAAAACAAAACUAUUCUACAACAAAACUUUCAAAGUGAAAUGUCAACACUAAAGACAACCUGGGGGAAAACACUCAAAGACAGACAGCAUGAACCUAUUGGCCGAGAGUGUUUUUCUUAUGUGCUAAUGUGUGUGUGUGUGUGGGGGGGGGGGUGGUAUUUAGAGGGGUGACGGAGUCUUGCUGCUGAUUGCAUUCUUGGUUGAAACCAGGAAGUUCUGGCCAAACACAACACAACACUUUUAUGCGCUAAACAUGUUCAACUUUUCCAAGAAGAAAAUGACUUGAAAGUUGAAUAAGGGCAUCACUCCCCAUCAAGCUUAUAUUUAUACGUUAGAUAGACGCGUAGAAAUAACUCUUACUGCAUCAGCAUGCUAUAACACACACACACACACACACACACACUACCAUUGCCGUGGCAACACUGUUGAAUUUGAAUAUUCUACAAUGAAAAUAGCAACCGAGAGGUAUGUUAUUUUUGUUGCACAUUCAAGUACGUUUAAUAAUCCCUCGUCUGCCCUGAAAAACGUCAGUAAAAUACUAGUGUAAUACUUUAACUUGUAUUUACCAUCGUGCAAAAACCUACGUUUUAUUUCUUUUCCCUCUAAAACUGUCUUUUGGACCCUUUUUUUAUAUUUUGUUAAUUUAUUUCUGAGAAAUUAUAUUAAAGAUUCAACUAAUAUCUUUGCGUUCCUUAAAGUGUACAUUACUAUGUUUUCUGGCCUUGUGCUCUGAAUGUUGGCUGUGUGGGCAGGGUGGUCCCUGCACUUGUAUUAAUAUAUAAACACGUGGGAAUGGACUGCUUCCCCCAACAGGUCAAGAAGUGAUUCUAACCGUGAGAGAGCUGUUCAUAUUUUUAUGUUCCUGUUUAAGAUGUAAAGCCCACACACGUUAUUUGAGAUUGUUUCAAGUGUAAGAAGAACCCAGUUAAUAACCCCUUGCUUAAAAAUAAAGAAUACAAUUGACUGGCGAAAUGAUGUCACUAAUCACUUAAAUUAUUAAUUCUGUAUUUUCCUGUGUUGGAAAAUGUGUAAGAUAUAGAAAAUAAAGUCAACUAUCA